UGGUGCGUCACGUGGUGCGGCGGGAGCGCCGUUGGCUCCGCCCUCUCCAAGAUGGCGUCUCUGCUGCAGUCGGAGCGGGUGCUCUACCUGGUCCAGGGAGAGAAGAAGGUUCGGGCGCCGCUCUCGCAGCUCUACUUCUGCCGGUACUGUAGCGAGCUGCGGUCGCUGGAAUGUGUGUCUCACGAGGUGGACUCCCAUUAUUGUCCCAGUUGCUUAGAGAAUAUGCCAUCAGCUGAGGCUAAACUAAAGAAAAAUAGAUGUGCCAACUGCUUUGACUGUCCUGGCUGCAUGCAUACUCUCUCUACCCGGGCAACAAGCAUCUCCACACAGCUUCCAGAUGAUCCAGCUAAAACCACCAUGAAGAAAGCCUAUUACUUGGCCUGUGGGUUUUGUCGCUGGACUUCUAGAGAUGUAGGCAUGGCAGACAAAUCUGUAGCUAGUGGCGGUUGGCAGGAGCCGGAAAAUCCUCACACACAAAGGAUGAACAAGUUAAUUGAGUAUUACCAGCAGCUUGCCCAGAAAGAAAAGGUUGAACGAGAUCGCAAGAAACUGGCACGCCGUAGAAACUACAUGCCUCUGGCUUUUUCGCAACAUACUAUUCAUGUAGUGGACAAAUAUGGUCUUGGAACCAGGCUUCAGCGGCCCCGAGCUGGUGCAUCCAUCAGCGCCCUCGCUGGACUUUCCCUUAAAGAAGGUGAAGAUCAGAAAGAGAUAAAAAUUGAGCCAGCUCAGGCUGUGGAUGAAGUGGAGCCGCUACCUGAAGACUAUUACACAAGGCCAGUGAAUUUAACAGAGGUGACCUCCCUUCAGCAGCGCCUCCUCCAGCCUGACUUCCAGCCGAUCUGCGCAUCACAGCUUUAUCCUCGACACAAGCAUCUUCUCAUCAAACGGUCCCUGCGUUGCCGGAAAUGUGAACAUAAUUUGAGCAAGCCAGAAUUUAAUCCAACAUCCAUCAAGUUCAAAAUCCAAUUGGUUGCUGUCAAUUAUAUUCCAGAAGUGAGAAUCAUGUCAAUUCCAAACCUUCGCUACAUGAAGGAGAGCCAGGUCCUCCUGACUCUUACAAACCCCGUGGAAAACCUCACCCAUGUGACACUGUUGGAGUGUGAGGAGGGGGACCCUGAUAACAUCAACAGCACUGCCAAGGUGGUGGUCCCUCCCAAAGAGCUGGUCCUGGCGGGCAAGGACGCAGCCGCCGAGUAUGAUGAGCUGGCAGAGCCCCAGGACUUUCAGGAUGACCCUGACAUUAUAGCCUUCAGGAAAGCCAACAAAGUGGGCAUUUUCAUCAAAGUUACCCCACAGCGUGAGGAGGGCGAAGUGACCGUGUGCUUCAAGAUGAAGCAUGAUUUCAAAAACCUGGCUGCCCCCAUCCGCCCUAUCGAAGAAAGUGACCAGGGCACAGAAGUCAUCUGGCUCACCCAGCAUGUGGAACUCAGCUUGGGCCCACUUCUUCCUUAAAAGAUUCCCUGGUGACCAGAUCCCAAGCAUAUCUGUGACGCCACCACCCCAUGUUAAACAUGGAAGCUCCUGCUUCGUUAGGCCUUGUGUAUAACCAUGUCCUCACUAGGCCUUGUGUAUAACCAUGUCCUCAUGCACUCUGAACCCCCUUCCUUCAGGUGGAGCCUAGGCCAGGUCCUGGAAGUGCAGUAAGACUUUAGCUCCUCCUGCUCUCACUCUGUUGACACCAGUAAGUCUUUGUCUCCCUCACUCAGCCCUGCACGUUCAGUAAUAGCACAGCUCCCUCCCAGUGAAGGGAUGGCUGUUCCUCAGAGUGGCUGGCAUUAGAUGCCACCUGAGAAACCAUCUCUCUCUGGUCUCACACAGUCUAACAUGAAACAUUAAAUAAUAACCUAAACUUGGACCUGUUCUUAAUGACCCACCGUCAGUGUCCGUGUUCCACGAAAUACAGAGGGGCGUUCUGGAGCGCACCCCAGCACUUGCCCUCAGGGCCUCCUGCCGCCGUGGAUUUCCACUUGACCGAACUCAGAAUUGUCUUCAGGUGGGGGAGACCUGUCAAGUUCUUGAGGCGCUCUCUUUGCCCUUUUCUUCUAGGUGAAUAGGACUCUCAUUUACCAGUGGCUCUUAAACUUUUCCUCAAUAUAAUAUGGAACUUUGAAGAUGGCUUUGAGAAACAAGUGAUCCCAUUCAUUUUAAACAUGGCCGCGGUAUGGAGGGCCAAUGCUGCCACAGGGAGGCAGACUGUAGAUCUCAUUCCCUAGCCUUGCUCUCUUCUGCUCUUCAGUUCAAGAAAUUGUUCUGAAUAGUUGGGAUCUGGAAAGAGCUCACAGAAAACCUAAUAAGUGGACAAGUUUACUGCUGGAAUGCAGAACACAUGUUUAAGGUUUGAUUUUUAGCAUGAUCUGAACUAGUGCUCUCUCCACUACUUGAAGUUGAAAUUAAUUAUUGUAUUCUGACUUCAAAACUGGGUAGUAACAAAAAGAACUUUACCCCUGAUGGAGAUGAAGACUUGUGCAGUGUACAAAUAAGACCAUUUGGGCUGUAACCGUGAAGUUUGCAAGGAGCACGGAAUGCCCGCUUGCUGCAGACACGCCGCAUGCCUUAAAAGAGGCAGGAGCCAAGUUGCUAACCUUUAUUUCUGGGACACUUUCUGAAAUUAAAAAAGUUGACCACCAGCUGCACCACUUUUUUUUUUUUAAGUAUUCUUAGUAAGUGGCUGACUUCGGAAGAAAACUUUCUUGUUUACCCUCAUUUUAUGUUUAAUUUUAAGUCUAGUUUGGAAAAAAAAUCAAAUAGGUAAUCUAGAGUACAGAUAACGACAAAGUCCUUGUCAAUUCUCUUGAAAGAUGAAACUAUUGAAGAAACUUUUGAAAGACACUAAGUUGUAAGGUCAAUAUUCCCACAGUGUAAUGUAUAUGCUGCAAUGUAAGACAACUCUAAUAUGAUGGUAAUGGUAACUAAGAUAGAACCUUUCUAGCAGGAAAAUAGUUUUCAGGCUAUUAGGAUAGUUUAACUUUCUGUGACCCCCCUACAGUAUCAAAUUAAUUUUAUUCGCUACUGCUACAGCCUCCUGUGAAGGUCCCCGGCUUGCCAGUGCAGGCGGCAGAGUGGAGAAUGGGCUCCUGUCGCUUGUAGGUCUGCGUGCCUCUGUGGUGGGUUGCCAGAAGAAACAAUGUUGAAAUAAUGGGUCCCAUCACUCCCCUGUGGUAACAGAAGUACUCAACACUUUUGGUCAUAACUUUGCUCUCCAGAAGCCAAAUGCACUAACAGAAUAGCAGAGCUGUUGGUCUGAUGUUUCCUCCAGAUAUGUUUUAGUGCAAACCAGUAUCGUGUGUUCGUAGAAAUGGUUCAGCACCUGCAGCUGGUUAAUUAGAAAUUGUAUCUGUUGCCCUUUUCUUGUGUUAGACAAAGUGCUAGUCGUUGCGCACCGUGACAGGAGAGUUAGAGGCCGUACAAGGCCGUACGUAGCACCUGAAACUGUAAUUCUGGAAACUUAAGGCUAAGUUAAUUUGGGUUUGUGACUUGAUCACACCAGUGUUCUUUUGAUCAAAGUGCAUAUUACAGGCAUAAUGAGCUAGAUGUUAUGCGUGUUUGUGAAGAGACAUCAUUUUUGGUCUCUUUUUGGAAUGGAAGACACUCCUUGAUCUUUAUGAGUAACAGGUUACUGUUUUGCCUUAUUGCCUAAUGUAGUGAAAUAAAGCAGAUAAAAUUUG